UUACGACACAAAAAUAAAAACAUGUUGUCCGCAAUAAAAUUCACGGAAAAGUCGAAUUUGACCCCCAUUAUUCUCAGUUACUUCUGCAGAAAUGGUCAUACGUUGCGCGGAAAGCCACCUGGAGUUGCGAGAACAUUGGAACAGCGACUGGCAGAUGAGAAUCCGGUGGACCCAGAAUUAUCGAAAAAGAUCAAUAUUGGAUUCCCACAGAUGAAAGUUUCGCGUUCCAAGGAACUAUUUAAGCGUUUGGAGCAUAUGAAAAAGCAACGAGUGGAUCCAGAGCUGGAAAAAUUAUCGAAAACUGGAAAAUUACAAAUCGAUUUGGACUCCGUUCAUGAAGAAUGGCUAAAAACUUCAGGUCCAUUACACAUCAAACGCAUUGCCGAGCACUACAAAAUAUUUGAACACUUGUUCGGUGACGCUUAUUUCGUGCCGCGAGUGGCAAUGGACAUCAAAUACAACUUGCCUGAUGGCGAAACACAAGCUCCCGUGUAUUAUGGAAAUCUUUUGACGCCGUCAGACACUCAAACAGCUCCCGAAGUGACGUUUGAUGCAUCUUUUAGUUAUGACAGCAAACCCGUGGAUCCAAGCAAAACUUUGUGGACUCUUUUGAUGACAGGACCUGAUGGGCAUUUGGAACAAGAAAAUUCAGAAUAUGUUCACUGGCUUAUUACAAAUAUUCCUGGAAAUGACGUCAGUAAAGGAGAAUGCCUUGUUCCGUACUUGCAAGCAUUCCCUCCAAAGGGAACCGGCUAUCACAGAUUCGUUUUUCUCCUUUUCAAGCAAGAAAAAAAGUUGGAUCUGUCCUCGUAUAAAGUCACUGAACAAUUUAACUUGAAGAAACGCACGUUUAGUACCCCCAAUUUUUAUAAAAAGUUUCAGGACGACAUCACGCCAGCUGGAUUGUCGUUCUUCCAAGCCGACUAUGACGCAUCGUUAACGGAUUUCUUCCACAAAAAAUUAGACAUGAAAGAACCGAUCUACGAAUAUGACUUCCCCAAGCCUUAUUACAAGGAUCAAAUUUGGUUCCCACACAAAUCCGCUUUCAAUGAGUACAUGGACCGUUAUCGUGACGACAAACAAAUCAACAAAGAGUUUCUGCAACGAAAACUGAAAGAAGUGAAUCCAUUCGAAGCUCCUCCACCACCACUUCGAUUCCCACAUGCUCAUCCCAUCAAGGGAGUUCCUUCAUGGUACAAGACGGAACUGGAAAAACAACGCAUGGAUCACCCCAAAAUCAAGGAAAUCAAUAAAAUUUUCUAAAAUUUAGGAAAAAAAUAGCUGUACAAAUAAAAAAUUAGAAAUUUAU